AUCAGCUGACACCAGUGCGGUGUCUGUAAGAAUAAGUUUUGCGCGUCAAGAUACUAAUAUCAUAUCAAAAACAUAUAAUUUAAUGUUUUAACAUUAAUAUAAAUACACGUAUGUACGUGUGUAUGUAAAAUAUACGCGCGUAAAUUUAUUUUUUACAAAUAAUAAAUAUUUUUUAUCCUCCUAUAUUUUCAUAACGUAUUUAGAGUUUAGGUUAUAAAUUGUUAAAAAUAUAUUUGGUCCUUAUGCUUUUAUUAUAUCUUUCAAUAUACAUACAAUUUUGCAUGAGACUUAUUAAGUUGUGAUAAUGGGUGUUUAUGGUCUUUGGCGUCUACUUGAUGCAACAGGAAAACAAGUACCCCUGGAAACAUUAGAAGGAAAGAUCUUAGCUAUUGAUAUAUCAAUCUGGAUACAUCAAGUGCUACAAGGGUACCAGGACCGCUUUGGUAAUCCUAAACCUAAUGCACAUCUUAUUGGUUUAUUUCAUAGAAUAUGCAAACUAUUGUAUUAUAAAAUUAAACCAGUUUUCGUUUUUGAUGGAGGUGUGCCAAUGCUUAAGAAGAACACAAUUGCUUUACGCAGGAAACAGAAAUCUAUGGCCAAGAAUAAAGCCCAACAGAUGAGGACAGAAUUAAUAAAUAAUUUGAUAAAGCACUCUACAAUAAAGAUGGUUCUUAAUACAGAGAAACAAAUUACUACGAAUGGCUCUUCUGAAGUAGUUAUAAAUUUGCAAAAUAAGCAAACUGUGAAUGAUAUGUACAAAUUGCCAAAUAUGCCAAGCACUAGUAAAGCAGAAUCAAGUCAUAGCGAUGAUUGUAAUUCUGAUUCAUCUGAUGAACCAAGUCCAAGAAAGCAAACAAAAUGGAUUGGCAAUAUUCAUAGUGUGGAUGUAACUAGCGCCGAAUUUAAAACUUUACCAGCUGAUGUGCGUUAUGAAAUUCUAACAGAUCUGAAAGAAACAAGAAAACAAAGUUCAUGGGGCCGUUUGCAUGAAAUGCCUGAAGAAUCAAAUGAAUUUUCUGGUUUCCAAAUGAAACGUUUAUUGAAACGUCGAUUAGUACAACAAAGUUUAGAAUCUGCAGAAAAAGAAAUGGGUGGAAAAACGCUUACGUUGGACGAGCUAGAUAAAUUAUUAAAAGAACAGGGAAUACCGACGAACGUUCAAAAUUAUACUUAUCGUAUCGCUGCGGACGAUACAACUAGAUUAAUAUAUAUUAGUGAUAAAAAUGCUUAUUUAAAGGACAACGAUGAUGUUAAUUCAGAUAGCGAGAGCAUACAGCACGAAAAUAGAAUGGAUGAAGCCACUGCUGGACCCAGUAAAGAUACAAAAAUCUGUGAUGAUAUAAAUGAAUAUGAACUUGAUGAUGAUUGUGACAGUGACACUGAUAUAACAGAUAUGAAUAAUUUUAAAUUUAGGCGGGAAACAGAUAGCGAUAUAGAAUCGGAAGUAGAAUCCAAUGAGUCGCGAGUAUUACCAAAAAAAUAUUUCAAACAAAACAUUACUAAUCCUGCAUUAACAUAUAUGUUAGAAUAUAGUGGAUUAACGGAAAAACAGAUUCUUACCCUUCUUGAGCAAAAUAACAAAGAAACUUACAAAGAUGUCGAAAAUAUGUCAAGAAUAUCACAACAAAUCGAUUCAUUUAAAACAAUACAGCCUUGUGAAAGUAAAAAUAAUUCAUUAAAUACGAAGCAUUCUACAAUAUCUGAGGAUGGCAAAGAAGAUACGAAACAUAAUUAUACAAAUACUAUAAAAUCAAUCGAUGUAUCGAAGCCGGAAUUAGCUGAAUCAAACACUGAAACAAACAUUAAUAUCUCUCCUACUAGAAUGACAAACAUUUCAGAUAAAGCGCAAGUUGAAUCAAAAAAUGUAGUAACAGUUAAUUCAACAGACUCAUUGUCAGACUCGGACGAUUUCAUAGAAAUAGAAGAUAUACCGAUACCAGAUAUAGGUACCACUACUAAUAAAUAUGUUCCACAAGGUAUCCAAAUAACAUUUAGAUCUGAUGAAAAAGUAGUGGAUGAUAUGUUUGCCGACGUAUUUGAAACACACAAUAGCGAGUUCAAUACAGAUAUACAUCCUACACAAUCGGCGGAAAUAUCUCAUUAUGAUCAAGAAAUACCAAGAAACGAACGCACCUUCAAAGAAACAGUAGAUUCAAAAAAAUAUCAAAUUAAAGAUAAACAGCUGCUUAAUGUAAAAGAAAUUGAUAAUCUUAAUGUGCAGACCACUAUCGAUAUCGAUCCGAAUACUUUAAACACGAAUGUACCAUUAGAAGAAAAUCAAAUGAAAGAUAGCAUCGAAAAUUUAACCAAUUCUGUAAAGGAUAAUGUAGAAGCUGCAAAUAUCAAAGACAAUACAAAUGCUAACAUGCUGAUUGAUUAUACAAAAAGAAUAAGCCCUAUACCUAUGAACGAAGAGGAAUUACUAUCGUUACAAACACAAUUAGAGGACAAACAAACAGAACUAAUGGCAAAUAUUGGUAAAUUAGAAAGACAAGGUAUCGAUAUUUCUGACCAAAUACGAAUCGAAGCACAGGAACUAUUACGAUUAUUCGGAAUACCAUAUGUUAUAGCACCUAUGGAAGCAGAGGCGCAAUGCGCAUACUUGGAACAAAUUCAUCUCAUCGAUGGUACGAUUACAGAUGAUUCAGAUAUUUGGUUAUUUGGUGGACAAUGCGUUUACAAAAAUUUUUUUGAUAACAAUAAAAAGGUUCUUGAAUUUCGAUCCUGUGAUAUACAACACUAUUUCAAAUUAACGCGAAACGAAAUGAUACGGCUUGCUCUCUUGGUUGGUAGCGAUUAUACAACAGGUUUAACUGGUAUUGGACCUGUUACUGCGUUAGAAAUAUUAGCAGCAUUCCCUUCAGAAGGCGACGAUUUAUUGCAAGGUUUAACAAACUUUUCUUCUUGGAUCAAAAAUGGUAAAACCGCUGGUCCUGGGAAAGCGAAUUUACGAACCAAAUUACAGAAUUUACAAAUUCAAAAAGGUUUCCCGAGUCAAGCUGUUGUGCAAGCGUAUCUUUCGCCUAAAGUGGAUGAAUCAAAAGAGACUUUCACGUGGGGUAAACCUAAUAUUAUACUUCUAGCCGAUUACGUAAAACAAAAAUUUGGUUGGGAUAAAAAUAAGUAUAAUAAAAUUAUCGAACCGGUAUUGAAAAGAUUACAAGAAAAACAAAGCCAACAGAAAAUAAAUGCGUAUUUUAAGUUACAAACUAUUCCGAAAUCAAUAGAAAUGAAUUUAAGUAAACGAGUUCAGAAGGCUGUGCAAAAAUUAAGCAAUGAAAAUAAGGAAGAUUCCAUAAGUGUAGAAAGCAUGCAACAAUCAAUAAAGAGAAAGAAAUCUUUGGUUGAAAACCGAAAAAAGAGAGGAGAGUUGAAAAAUGAACGAGCUUCAGUUGAUAAUACUAAACCUAAAGUUUUUACUGUUUCUGCUUGUAACGAGAAAAAUGUUGAUGAAUAUAUACCACAAAGAGAAAGUGAUAAAGCAAAUGCCUUAAAAAAAAAAUUACACGCGAUAGAAGUAAUUCGGAAGUCGAAACAAGGAUUAUACAAGACGAAAAAGAUAAGACGUUGUGUAAGAAAAGUAAAGAAAGAAGCUGAACUUUCAGAAAGUGAUAGUGAUAGUUCGUAGUAUUAUUUAAUGUAAAUUAAUGUAACUAAUGUAAAUUAAUGAACGAAACAUGUACAUUUUUUAAAAUAAAUUAUUAUUUUAUACGGUG